AUGAUCCGACCCAGCGUAUCCCUGAUAAUACUGGCCUUUCUGGCGCAGAUCAACGCCCAGAGUUAUCAAUCCCCCUCAUCACCAGUAUCACAAACAUGCACCGCCGGUUGUAACGUCUACCCAGCGUACUUCAACGCCUCCGACUCGGUGAUGCUCCUGCUGGACUACCAAACCGGCGUCCUCAACUACGCGCGCAGCACCCCGCAGAAAUGGAUCAUCGCCAACAUGCGCAUCCUCGCCCGCUUCGCCAGCGCCCUCAACAUCCCGGUGGUGCUGACUUCCAGCCAGGAAACCGGCUUCCAGGGCCCGAUGAUCGACGAUCUGAAGACCCUUCUCCCCGACGCUUUUGCCGCCCGGAUUCAGCGCAACGGCCCAGCGAACCCCUGGGACUACAUGCCUUUCCGGGACGCGGUGACGAAGGCCGCUAACGGCCGCAAGAAUGUCAUCAUCGCCGGGCUGACCAACGACGUGUGUGUGACGUACCCGGCCAUGAGUAUGGUGCAGGCCGGGUACAAUGUGGUGGCUGUGCAGGAUGCCGGGGGUUCGCCGAAUAAGUGGGCGGAUGAGGGCGGUCGGCGGCAUUGGGAGCGUGCCGGUGCCCGGACCCUGACGACCAACGCACUGGCGUUUGAGAUGGGGAAGGACUGGAGCACCCCGGACGGAGUAAAGAUUGUUACCAUUGUGGCUGAGGAGCUGAUUAUGAAACUGAACGAUAUCGAUGGACCACGCACGUGA